AUGCCCAAUCCUGAACAGCUUCAGGCGGCUAAAAUGGAGGGUUGCUGGGUGGAGUGUGGAUCUAGGGGGAGAAAUAGUCUGUGUGGGAGGUUACGGGCAAGGGCAACAAGGCUGGCAGGCGAGAGCCGCCUUCAAGAUGCUGUGCGUUUUCUUGUUAUGGCAGCAGUUACUUUCACUUCUGCGUUGAAAUCUGAGAUUACAUGUGUGUUUAUCAGCCAGAAGGAUGAACAUUCAGGAGGAACACGAGGGACAUCGAUAUCAAAAAAUCUUGGGUGUUAUUUGAAUUCUCAAGGAACAGAGAACAUCUAUGAACCAAUUAAAAAUGUGGAAGUCAAUGUGUUUGAAGAUCUUGAAUUAAGAGUGAUAAUGAAUAUUUCAGAGAUCAUUUCAUGCUUUUGGUUCUUUAAAGAGAGCAAAGCUUGUAAACCUUUGCUGGACCCAGAGAAUCAAUAUGUUACAUCUUUGGUUUUUCCCCAAAUAAAAGAAGCACAAGCUGGAAAAUACACACUCUCACUCAUAAGUAAGACUGGCAAUUACACAGUAGUUGUGACUGUUCUCCUCCAAAAGAAACCAGGGAAACCCUAUUUGAGGAAAAAGGAAAGAUCAGAUGGGAUCGAGUGCAUAUCUGAGAGCUACCCCCAGCCCUCUGUCCAGUGGAUGUUUUGCUAAACACCUGAAAAGAGUUGCCCUGAUAAAAUGAGUGAAGAAAAUGGGGAAAUAGAUGGCAUAGAGAAGACACAACAGGAAUUAUUUCAAACUUAUAUAUGGUGUUGUGCAGUUAAUGACCUGGGCAGAGAAUGCACCAGCCUCUUCACAAUAGGACUGUGUUUUUAUUUUGUGGAUUUAAAUUUAAAUUUACAUUUACCUGAAUUACUCCUUAAAGCUGGGGAACCACUGCUGAUCAGAUGCAGAGCUGAUCACCAUAAUUAUAAAUUUGGAAUAAAAUUAUCUUUUGAAAGCAAAGAAGUUGAGCAGGAUCACCAAUUUGAAGGCUUAGACUAUCAAGCAGAAGACUCAGCAAUUGGGAUCCGGUUUGCAUUCGCUGCAGCAGCAGGAAGAAGUGACAGUGGACAUUACACCUGCUCUUCUACUGCCCACCCGAAUCAAACUGCGUUGGUUACAGUUUUAGAAAAGGGAUUUAUAAAUGUCAUGGAGUCUAAAGAAGAUUUUGAAAUGGGUGAGGAAGAAUUUUGCUUUGAAGUUAACUUUACAGCAUAUCCACCAGUAAGAUGCAUGUGGCUAUUCUCCCAAAAAGCAUUCCCAUGUAAACAGAGCUACUGUGUGUAUGGACUCAGCAUUUCAUCAAAAUUCUGCAACCAUCAGCACCAGUCUGGGAUAUAUGUAUUUUAUGCAGAAAAUGAUGAUACGGUGGUGACAAAAAAUUUCACUCUGUAUGUGAGCAGAAAACCUGAAGUAACAAUGCAGUUGUUUUUCAACCAGAUCUCCUGUGUCGCUGACAGUCACCCUGCCUCAUCCUGGAUUUGGAGGAAAUGUCCCAAACUGAACUCAUCCAGCUGUUAUGGCUGCCUCUUACCCAAGCCACUAAAGUCAGUGAGAGUGUUACCAGUAAAGUUAGUGAGAGUGUUUCCAUUUCCUCUAUUCAUUUGGGAUGGUGAGUCAGGCCUCAACGUUUCAAGAGUUGCUGAAACAGCUUUGAGCUGGUUUAAGAAUUCUGCAGUUGUUCCUUUAGGCAGAACCAACACUAGAGGCAAUAUAGGCCCCCUGCUGAAUGGGAUGGGAGCCUUGGUGACAGAGGAUGCAGAUAAGGCAGAGUUGCUGAAUGCCUUCUUUGUCUCAGUCUAUACUCAGGAGUCCCACAGCCCUGAGGCCUCAGAGGAAGACAAGGUUAAGGAGGAGGCUUCCUUGAUUGAUGGGGAUGGAGUUGAAAAAUCUGAUGCUUCAGAAAAAGAUGCUCUAAUGUCUGAGCUGAAAAUGAUGACUCAUAUUGGAAACCAUGAAGAUAUUGUGAACUUACUAGGAGCUUGUACUGUCUCAGGACCAACCUACCUGAUAUUUGAGUACUGUUGCUAUGGUGACCUUCUGAACUACUUAAGGAGCAAGAGAAAAAAGUUUCACAGGACACUGACAGAUCUUUUUAAACAGCAUAAUUUCAGUUUUUACCACAAUAUCCAUUUGGACCAAAAUUCCAGGAAGGGAACUCACCUGAAGUAUUGUGUGAAUGCAUCUCUAUGCAGAGAGGAUGAAUCUGACACUGCACAAAGAAGUCAAAAUACAAAUGUGACAUCUGAACCAAAUGGGAUUGUGCUGUGUUCUGAGGAAGAUGAAACUAAGCAUGAAAGCAGGCAGAUGGACAAAGAAGAGGAUUUUAAUGUGCUCACUUUCAAAGACUUUCUUUGCUUCUCUUAUCAAGUUGCCAAAGGAAUGGAGUUUCUCAAGUCCAAAUCGGUAUGGCAAAGGGUAGCAAAAUCAUUAACACUUCUUUUUUUCGCUGCCUGGAAUAUAUUGGUGACCCAUGGAAAAGUGGUGAAAAUAUGUGACUUUGGCCUUGCCAGAGAUGUAGUAAAUGACUCCAACUAUGUUGUCAGGGGCAAUGCUCAUUUGCCAGUUAAAUGGAUGGCUCCUGAAAGCUUAUUCGAGAGGACAUACACAAUGAAGAGUGAUGUGUGGUCUUAUGGAAUAUUAUUAUGGGAAAUAUUUUCUUUGGGUGUAAAUCCCUACCCUGGUAUCCAGGUUGAUACAAACUUCUACAAAUUAAUACAAAAUGGAUUUAAAAUGGACCCACCAUAUUAUGCUACAAAAGAUGUCUAUGGUGUGAUGCAGUCCUGUUGGGCACUUGACUCCAGAAAAAGACCCUCUUUUUCUUGGCUGGUUUUCUCUCUUGCUUCUCAAUUGGCUGAGGCAGAAGGAGCAAUUUACCAGAAUAUUAAGAAAAAUAUUUCUACACACAGUUGCAGCAUCAAAACUAAACCAUAUGUAAGCAGGGAUGAGGAAUUUCUGCCUUCCCAAACAGCACUUCAGCAUGAGGACUCUCAAGUUGAGAAGUAAUCUGGGUUCUGAAUUUGAUUUCAGUGUUUUCAUAAACUCUGUGUAGCAUCAAUGUUUUGAAUCACCACUAAGAAAAGGAGAUAUUACCAGAUGCUGCUCUAUGCAUAUUUCUUAUGGACUAGUCUGUCUUUAUGUUACUUUGACAAGAAGAUGCAAUUAAUUUCAUAGAACUCAGUGAACAUGUCUGUCUCCAGAAAGAAGUAAUGAUCAUUUUUACUGUUUCUCUACAACUGGGUAUCUCUUUUCCAGGUUUUGUGUAAAUGGUGUCUAAUCAGUACAUUCAGACUGCUCUUGCCAUAUUGCAAGCAAACACAAGAAAAUCCAUGGCUUUUUCGGUCAGUGUUUACAAACACAGACUGUGCACUGAAAGAGAAAUGGUGUUAUCUCUGGAAGUGCUACUCACAUUUUCAUCUCCAGAAGACAGUGAAUGUUGGAGUAGCCAACUUCAAAUAUCCAUUUUUUUAAAUAUCAGCCUUGAAUUAUAAAUGUGAUUGUUUGUCACAGUAUCACAGUAUCACCAAGGUUGGAAGAGACCUCAUAGAUCAUCAAGUCCAACCCUUUACCACAGAG